UCUCAAAAACUCUAAUGUUUUUCUUUUUAAUUUGCAUUUUAUUUGAAAUGUAGCUUUCUGUAUUUGAAACACUACCACUUUUUUUUACAGAAAACAUGGCAACGGUUGAAGAAUGUAAGCACAAUUCAUGAUGCAAUUCCUCAUCCCAGUGAUAGAGUGAAGCAUCCAAUGCAUGUCAAGCAUGCUUUCUGAGCAGGUGGCACAAAGAUGCUUUCAGUCAAAAAUGGAUUCAUCUUCCUUUGGGUGGGUCUAUUGUGGGUCACAUAACUUCAGUGCAGCUGCUUGGGGACGUCCAAUUUCCAAUCCUUUUGGAAUAAAAACAACUGGAACUCACAAAGCUGACUCUUGCUUCGAUCAGAGGCUUCACAUUUGUAACUAUGAACUUGGGAUCAUUUUCAUUUUCCCCCCAUCAGCUACAAAAGGUAACGGCAACCAAAGUAGUACAAACUUGGAUGAUGUGGUUUUGCCGUUUGUCAUGCCUGCCCCAAAAUAUGGCCCCAGAGAUAGACCUGCAACAACUCAAGCCAUGACAGAGGCAUUAGCUGAACUUACUGAGCAAGAGCAUGAAAAACUUGUAGCAGCAACAAAUACUGAAGAAAUGAUAGAAGAGGAGCUCCCAGAUGAGGAAGAGGCAGUAGAGGUAACUGACCAUGUUGCAGAGGAGAAGGAAGAAGAGAAGGCUUAUGCUGAGCUGCUGUGGAGUCAGGUUGAGUCAUCUCAAAGCUGUUGAAUUCCGAAUGAGGAAUGCUGGGAGCAGUAGUCAGUCAAUUAAGACAUUGGCUCCUUUUAUCUUAAUCACCUGUUGGCGAGCCCUGUAGAGUAUGUUGUCCUUGUAUUACAUUGAUUCAGAGGGAGUCGUGUAAAUUUGUUUUCAUAUUUCAAGAUGGCAGCUUUGGGCCUGAAAUGAAUGAGUAUUAAGGUCACAUUUGGAACAUUGAAACAUAAAAUGGGAAUGAAGAUCAAUUCAACUUCCCUUCAUUAAUUUA